CACCACUGCUCACCACUUUGUUUUUUCCAUCCACUAAGAUUUGUGAUUUUGUGGUCGGUAAAAAUAAGUAAAGAUAAGAAAUAUUUUCUUCUAAAUUAAUUUAACAGUCACGAAAUGGACUUCCAAAACCGCCCCGGUGGUAAAACUGGAGGAGGAGGCGUUGCAUCAUGGUCCGAAACAAACAGAGACCGCCGCGAGAGGCUUCGCCAACUCGCCCUCGAGACCAUCGACUUGAACAAGGAUCCUUAUUUUAUGAAAAAUCACUUAGGUUCGUACGAGUGCAAAUUAUGUCUUACUCUACACAACAACGAAGGAAGUUACUUGGCUCAUACUCAAGGCAAGAAACAUCAGGCAAAUUUAGCCAGGAGAGCUGCCAAAGAGGCAAAAGAGGCCCCUCAACAAUUGGCUCCCGAGAAACCAAGAAUAGAACCCAAGAAGUUUGUAAAAAUUGGUCGCCCUGGUUACAGAGUUACCAAGCAAAAGGAUCCUGAAAAUGGGCAACAAAGCUUGCUUUUCCAAGUUGAUUAUCCUGAAAUUGCUGAAGGAGUAAUUCCACGGCAUCGCUUUAUGUCCGCCUAUGAACAAAAAAUAGAGCCCCCAGAUCGCAGAUGGCAGUACCUUUUAUUCGCUGCUGAACCUUACGAGACUAUUGCCUUCAAGGUGCCAAGCAGAGAGGUUGAAAAACAUGACUCAAAGUUUUGGACUCAUUGGAAUAAGGACACUAAACAGUUUUUCCUUCAGUUUGCAUUUAAAAUGGAGGCAAUGCGUAUGCCACCACCUCCUAAGAUGUGGGAUAAUACUGGGAUGCGCUUACCUCCACCGCCAGGAGCACCGAUGAUGGGGGUACCUCCUCCACCACCCCUUUUACCUGUGCCACCACCACCUCCUAUGUAAAUUAAAAUAAAUACUGUGA